AUGUUGACUUCACAGGCGGUGUGCGACUCGGUUCGGGAGUUUCAAAGACAAGAACUAGCACAAAACGACGAUUACUCGACGCUCGCUCAACACAAGGGCCACUUAGAGGCCCGUUUACUGCGGCACCAGUAUCUGAGUAAACGAUUACAGUUGCUGUAUGCGCAGAUCGAUAAGACCCGUAAUUAUCAGGAAUUUGUGGACGUUUUGAUGAACAGCAGGUCACUGCUCAGGGAGAUAUUCACGAUGGAGGCCCAGGGUAGGCGUGCAAAUAGUGCAGAACCGGAAGUGGACUGGUCCAAGUUCGGUGUUGAUCUGCAAGCGUAUGUAGGCAAUGAUGACCAAUUGCUCGCGCUUUACAACGAUGGCCUUCUUUAG